CCCCUCUACCAUUAUAUUCCCUCCAUUAGUUUUCUAACUCAAUGCUUGUAAUAUAUACAUAGAACUGUUAAGUGUGGAAGUGAAAUAAAAUCAAAUAUACAUUUAGGAGAUUACUCAGUCUGCUUGUAGGACAAACCCCACAUAAUACUGGUAAUUACGUUACAAUUUAAGUCAAGUCACUAGUCAAUGUCAAUGUAAGUCAAUGUAAUUAGAGAACCUUGCCAACUAAUUACAGGCACGCCAACUAUUUUAAUGACGCAAAGUUUACAUAACACACUACCGACCACGAUGUUUAGGUGUGUACUUGUGUUGUUUAAAUUAUUUAUCGUAUCAGCUAGCGGAGCCAAAAUACUAGGUGCCUUUUUUGUACCGUCCAUAAGCCAUCAAGUGGUAUUCCAACCAAUAUGGAAGGAACUGUCGUUGAGAGGGCACGAAGUCACCGUCUUAACACCGAACCCUUUGAACGACCGUAGUCUGACCAACUUAACAGAGAUCGACUUGAGUUUUGCGUACGAAAUUGUCAGAAGUGGUAAUUUACAAGGCACCCUUCAAAAAGACAUCCCCAUUAAGACAAUCGUUCAGUCUUAUUUCAAACUUUUCGGCGAGGUUGUGAAAGCCGAGCUGGAACAUUCUGAGGUUCAGGCUUUAAUAAGGGAUCAGAGUAAAAGUUUCGAUUUGGUCAUAGUGGAAUACAUGCAUCCGACGUUUACAGCCCUUAGUGCAAGGUUCAAGUGCCCGUGGGUGGGAAUUACAUCGCUUGGAGCCAUUUUACCCGUUUACGACAACAUCGGAAAUCCCUCGCAUCCCGUCCUCAACCCAGAUAUACUACUGCCAUUUACCGGAGGUUUGGGAUUAUACGAACGAUUGGUUAGUGUGUAUUACUCGGUGUGGUUUCGGUACUUCUAUUACUACCACAUUGUACCAGAUCAGGAUCAGGUGGUGAAGAAGUAUAUCGGCGAAGAUUUACCAUAUCUGGGAGAUAUAGAGAAGACAAUAAGUUUACUUUUUCUCAAUGUUAACCCUAUACUUCACCCCAUUAGGCCGAACGUUCCAUCCGUAAUAGAGUUGGGGAAAAUGCACAUACGCACCAAGAGUCCUCUGCCAAAAGAUUUACAACAAUCUCUCGACAAAGCAACCGAAGGAGUUGUCUACUUCAGCUUAGGUUCCAACGUGAGAAGUGCCAAUUUAUCAUUGGAGCUACGCGAGAAAAUAAUAACCGCAUUAUCCGAGCUUCCUUACACGGUGCUGUGGAAAUGGGAAGAAGAUCAUCUGCCUAAUCAACCCAAAAACGUGAUCAUCAACAAAUGGCUUCCUCAGCAAGACUUACUAACGCAUAGAAACGUGAAGGUGUUUGUAACGCAAGGAGGACUUCAAUCGAUGGAGGAAGCAAUUUCAGGUGGCGUACCUUUGGUUGGUAUGCCAUUCUUUGGAGAUCAACCCUUAAAUUGUAUGAGGAUGGUGAACUUAGGCAUUGCGCUUGCGAUCGAUACGGAAACCUUGACGUCAGAAGAUUUAAAAAAGACGAUCAUCGAGGUUGCGGAAAAUCCAAAGUAUCGUAAACGGGUGGAAGAAAUUAGAGAAUUAUUAUUGGAUGUUCCCGCUACGGGUUUAGAGAAAGCUAUUUGGUGGAUAGAGUAUGUCAUACGACACAAGGGCGCUGCUCAUUUGAGAAGUCCUGCAGUCGAUUUACCUUUUUAUCAGUACUAUCUUCUUGAUGUUAUCGGAUUGGUUCUAGCCAGCGCUGCUGUGGUUUUGUUCAUAGUAAGGAAGCUGCUAAAAUUAUUUUUUGGUGAUGCUGACCAUGUUGUUAGGGCCAAACAUAAACUUCAAUAAAUAAUCUCUGUUAGAUACUAAUUAGUAAUUUUAAAUAAGCUAAUUUUGUUUUAUAUUAAGACUAGUUUUUAAAAAUCCUUAGUUUUCCCAAUAUAUACGUGAUCACAGUCCUUAGAACUAAUAUCACAUAUUCCCGACUAAACUUCCUUUUAUUUUUAGGACACUGUAUAUUAUCUAACGGGCGCCUGUUAACAUAAUUCUUUAGUUAAUAUUUCAAGUUGAAUAACGGAUGCUUAUUUUCACAUAGGUACCGCCUUAUGCGAAGAGAUAAAAAUGGUAGAUUUCAAUAGGUCGGUAAAGAGUUCCGAGUUUGGGCGGAAUUAAACUAGACCGUUUCAGCUGCGUUGGUUCCCUGGAUUACAUGAAAGAAUUGCGAAUAAAUCACACCCCUUUUUUAAUAGUGUUUUUGAAAAAUUGUAUAAAAGUAAUAGAAAAUAAUGUUUACUCACAAUCGGUUAGUAUUAUCUGAAUUCCUAACCUUCAUAGCGGUUGCGAAGCGACUCAUUACUCACCUUAGCCGGGA